AUGAUUGGAUCUUUGACCAUCGCUGCAAUGCAGAAGAAGCCCUUGUCAAGGAAGGGAACGCCACUCGUGGAGAAUCCACUUGAUCCCAGGGGUGGUCUGCCUUGGUACUACUUGCUGGAGACACCGAAAGGUACCCUACAAUGUCCAGAAUACGAGGAGCUAAAAAGCUAUUCGAUGCCAGCAUUUGAUGUCGACAAGUACGUCGGAGUUUGGUAUGAAUUGGCCUUCCACGACAUUACGCAAUGUAACGGCUGCGGCUGCACCCAAUUCAACAUGACACGGCAUGGCAACGUCAUUGAGGACAUGUUUACGGUCACAUGCCCAUGGCCAUGGACGAAGGGGGUUGAUGGGCCAUGGCUGCCGGGAUACAAUGUGAAUGGCAACAGACGCAUGAACAUGUGGACAUGUAACAUGACCAUGUACUACAAGCCGCAGAACCCCGGUGUGAUGUUGGAGACAGGCUUCGGUCAGGAGUGUCUUGGUGCAAAGCUGAACAAGUUGACGUUGAGGGCCAGCCUCCCAGCAAGCCCUUAA